AUGGCGUCGCAAGGCGAUGCGACGCUUCCCGCGACGCGCCGCGCGCGCAAAUCCAUAGGAGGAACCGUCCCGACAAGGAAGAAUGGCGAAAGGGAGAAUGUGACGGCCGACAUGAGCAGCGCUACUGCCGCCUCUCGCAAGAAGUCGAGAAGCAAGAGCAUGGGUCCUGGCGGUCUAGAUGGCCUUAAGAUGGGUAAUGGUAACCGCAGAGCUUCCCUUGCCGUUUAUUCGGGGCCACCCCCGCGGUCAAUCCUCAAACCUACCAUACCCCUCAUUCCCGAGAUUCCGUCUUUCAGGCCGAAACCGACAUCAGGGAACGGCACGACGGAUAAUGAUGGUGCAGGGACUAAGAUUGCCCUUCGGACGGAGGAGGAACAGCAGGCCGCCGCACGGGAGCGGGAAGAGCGCGAGCGCGCCGAGUUGGAGAAGGAGAUCAAUGAUCGAAGAGAGGCGCGGAGGAAAUCGCUAGCGAACCGGCGCGUGUCCUUUGCUGCCGAGGCGACUCUACACACCUUCCACGAGAUCGAAUUUAAUCAAGAUUCGACUACUUCGACUGAUUCAUCACACCGCGCGUCCUCUCAUGCGGCACAAUCUCCUAGCGCUUCAACUCACGAACACCCCAGCUCAGACCCGCCCUCCACACCCCUUGACCACGAUCACCAAUAUGCAGCCGAGUCCCCGGCCAAGCAAAGGGAAUCACAUCAGCGUAGGCGUCGACGAAGUUCCGCAGUGUCAUCAGUCUAUUCGGAAGAGGAUACCAUUGCUUCUACCGUAUACGAUUCGGACUUUGAGAAUGCCGACGGCGUUGCCGAGAUUCAGGGCGAGGAGAUGACAGGCUCCAGCGACGACGAUGACGGCACCAUGGUGACUGUCGACGCCGAGGAGGUAACAAUGGCAUCGGUGACAUCAGGCCAAUCCGGUCUCAGCGCUGAUUCUACCGGAAGCUUGGACGAGAAUCUCCGGCUGGCGGCCCGGAGAGCUGCGACUCAACAUGUAAACGACGAUGAAGAGGAGGUUAUUGCAGGCUUUGCGGGUUGGGGGAGAAAGAAUCACUCACAAGAAAGCAUCGCCCAAAACAUGGCCAAAGAGCAAAAUGUGCGGAAUGGCAGUCCUGAUGCUGAAGACCAAGCCGACAUGGAAAUGGACAUGGAUGCCGAUAUGGAGAUGACCAGCGCGGUUGGUGGAAUUAUACGGCCCCAGGUCGGAUCACCGACGAGGGACGCAGACGAGGAUGAGGAUAUGUCCAUGGAGGUAACCAAGGCCUUGGGAGGAAUCCUUUCAAAGCCGGCCCCUGGAGCACGCCGCAAGUCUGCUAGGCUUAGCUCCCAACAAAAGCCGGACAACUUUGGCGAGCAGACCAUGGAAUUCACAACAGCCGUCGGGGGAAUCCGUCAGGGGGCGCUACUAGAAGAAAGCGAAGGCGAGAUUGAUCCUAACGAAGACAUGUCCAUGGAAUUCACUGCAGUCAUGGGAUCCCUCCUGUCGCGUGGCUUCGCUAAGAGUGGCGCACAAAACGGCCGUCGAAGGACAAUUGCUGAGGAUAAUGAGGAGGGCGCUGAGGGUACGAUGAUGGACAUGACUGUGAACGUUGGGCGAAUUUUACCGGCAGAAGCCGAAAAGGACGGCGACGGCGACCAAACCAUGGAGAUGGAUAUUACGAGGGCAGUUGGCGGCAUCAUACGAUCUGUGUCUGCAUCCGAGGCGCGGACAGCAGCUAGGAAAGCAAUGGAGCAGGAAGCCGACGAGCCAGCACCUUCGGUUACAGCGACUGCUGAACUCGACAUAUCCCCGAAACUGCUAGCCCCUUCAACUGCAGAUGAGAACAAUAGCUCUGGUCCUUCUCCAUUCCGAGGCAAAGGGCUCCGUCGUAGCCCACCUCGCGCAGUGUUCCCGGAGCCGAGGUCUCCCAUACCGCCCAGUAGUUCCCCAUUUAUGGGGUCACCAUCUCCCAAAAGAAACGCACCACCAGCUUCUAGGAGUCCCGCGAGGACGCCGCCGCUGACUAGGAGCCAGUCCAGCUCGCCCAUGCGCACAGCAUCCUCGCCGGCCAAGACUACGCCACGGUCACCGUUGAAGCAAGGGCUUUUCCAGCAGGAUCCCAGUACUGGACUUAGCACCCCCAGAAUCAUCUUAACCCCUCAGGGCCGUCGGCUAUCCGGGGUGGGCGCUGACCGCCCCGGUUUGGGCUCACCCCGAGUCGCCGAAAUCUUUGACCGGAGAGAGUCGAUCGGAGAAGCAGCGACGGACUUUGUGCCGAGCCAGCCUGUCAAUCCUCGCAGGACUGUAGCUUUCACAGACCCGCGGGUCAUGGAGGCGGAGAUUGACAGAGAAUAUCAAGAUGAGCAAUACCAGGAGGAUAGUCGAAGAAGUCCGGGCCGAGAGGGCAAUGGAUUCCGAGAUGAGAACGAGACUGCCCUUAAUCUGAGGGAGAUGAUACAAAGCCUCAGUCCCAAGAAGAAUCCACUCAAAGGACGAAAGAGCCUCCACAUUGGCAGCGCAAGGGGCCUUCUCGGGAAGCGGCCUGCUGAGCUGGACGAAGACGACGAAGGAGAGGAAACGGACGGCAUUAAACGACUUAGGGGGCAUCAAGGCAGUCCGGUCAAGAACAUCAGGCUACAGUCGCCCCCGUCCAAGGCUGAGACGACGACUGGCAGGAAAACCCGACCCAGUAUCAUGCCCGCAGACGCUGCGCAUUCUGACAAUAUCACACCGACUGGUGCCCGCUCUCCCCAAAGAACCACAACACCUAGGGGUCAAGGCCGGUUCAGGGAUGGCUACGACGAGCCAACAAACACGGUUGACCUGGACCACACUGCCCACAUACAGGAGGUUGAGAUGCAAGACGACGACGGAGAACGCAUUCACCUGCAAGAUUUCCUCAACAUGACCAGCAUCCGCUUCAUGGAAUUGACAACGACUAAGCGGCGACACACGGUUGCCCCAGGCGCUUCAAGAGAUAGUACCUCUGCUGGUGGGAAGGAUGAUAUGUCCCUUGAGCGAUGCGUCGUUGCUGGUGCGUGUACGGUGCCGAUGCUAGAGCUGUAUCAACACUCCUGUCGCGAGUUGAAGAAGUACAUCUCAGAAGGCCGACGCAUCGUCCGAGAGAUUGAGACGGAGACGUUUGAGGAGAACCCGCCUCUCUUCCGCGAGUACAUGACUGCAUCGCCAGAGUUCAAGGUCCUGAUGGAUAACCAGUUCAAGAACGUCAAAACGCAUGCCAGACUACUCAGCAAGGCCAUGUGGUACGAGUGGCGUAUGAAGCUGCAAGAAGGGCUCAAGGAGGGUCUCAUGAAGAUAGCCGAGGGCAUGGACAAUGACGACAGAUUGCUCAAAAAACAGCAGGAACUCUUGUCGUCCGUCUUGCCCGACAUGAUCAAACGGUUCGAGGCACUCCAGGCUGAGCACGAAAAUCUCGAGGCCGUCGCGCGUGAUCUUGCAGACUGCGAUCCCAAGGACCUCGAGGAUGCCAGGGCAGAGCUCGCCGCCGUGGACAAGAGCAUCGCGGAAAAGACCAGGAAGAUUGAGGAGCUUCGCCGGCAACUCGACGAGUCGACGCAGAGCAUCGAGUCAUCCACUCAGCAGAAACAGCAGUACCUGGAGGAGAUCCGAGAAGCGGACAGGAUCAGGGAAGAGUGCCGCGGGUGGUCCUCUGCAGAGAUUAGCAAGCUCAAAGGUAAGUCAGGCACGCAGGCAUCAGCUUUGUCAUAG